AAAUGUAAACAUACAUUUUGUUAUUGUGGCAUUACGUGUUACACUUGACAUUUCAACAGCCUCCAUGCUAAUCACAAAAUAAUAACUACAGUGAAAUUUUGUUAGUUAUAUUCAUUUCGACAUAUAUUGUAACUUUUCUGGCAUUUUGAACACCUAACCGCAGAAUGCAAGACUGACUUCCCUUUAAAUUAGCGCCCUCUGUAGUACAGUACAAUAAAGGUCCUACGUCAUCAUUUUGAGACGCGUUGGAGAUAACAAACAUGGACUCACGUGGAUAGCAGUUGAAGCAAAAUUCCUGAGUUUUAUCGAUUUUAAUAUGGCCAGCAAAAACAAGCCUGCUAUUCUCAAACAAAAAGGCAAUGAAGUAUCCCGGGUUGGCACAGGUAAAAGACUGAAAGCAGCAUCCCGGAUGGCGACGGCCGAACCCGUUAACAGUGAUGAUGAGUCCGAGGAAGAGCUUGAAAGAAAUUUUGCUCUGAUUAGUUCAUCAGGGAACUUUAAACAGGACAAUAACUCAGAGACUGACGAGGAGGAAGAGGAAGAAGAAGAAGAAGAAGACGGUGGUGAUCAAAGUUUAAAUGAAAGAAAAUCUACAGAAGAGGGUGGUGCAUCUGAAGAUAGUGAUGAAGAUGACAACGGUGAGGAAGACAAGGUCAACAUCAAAGAGGAUGUUUGGAGCGAUGACAGCAGCGAGGAUGUGGCUGGAUCAGAUAGCGAUUUUGGACAUGACAUUUCCGAAGAUGAAAAAGGAGAAUCAACCGUCAAAAGCAAUGAUCAAACAGUGCAAACCGAAGAGGACAUCAAAAGAGAACUAUCAACAAUGUCUUUCGAGGACAUCAUGAAGCUGCAGAAUAAGGUUGGAACAAAAGCUUACAACAAAGUUGCCUAUGGAGCAAAAAGCAUACAAGCGCCAGAGAAGAAGAAGCGUUUGAACAAGAACAGGCCUAUGGAAAUAUCUGCUAAGAGGCCUGCUCCGUUUCUAAGACAAGUUGUGCCUGUCAAAAAAACAGUUUUGAGGGACCCUCGAUUUGAUGACCUGUCUGGGGAAUAUAAGCCAGAGAUUUUUGAGAAGACUUACUCUUUUAUUGAUGACAUAAAGAGGAAAGAAAAGGAGAUGAUCAAGAAGAAGCUUAAGAAGGUCAAAACUCAAAAGAAGAAGGAGCAGCUAGAGCUGCUGCUCAAGAGGAUGGUGAACCAGGAGAGUGAGCAGAAGAGGAGACAGCUGCAGCGGGAGAAGGAGCUGGAGCUGAAGAGGAAGCAGAGGGAGCUAGUGGGCCAGGGCCAGAGACCCUUCUUCCUCAAGAAGUCCGACAAGCGCAGGCUGGAGCUGGCCGACAAGUACAGCGAGCUGAAGAAGAGCGGAAAGUUGGAGAAUUUCCUGAGCAAGAAGCGGAAGCGAAACGCGGCCAAGGACCGCAGGAAGCUGCCUUCCCAUCAGACGGCCCAGUGACCGCAGGCGCACGGAGGCACCGAAGGGGACGGAUUUGGCCUCUCGUCCACUCAGCUGUUCACUCGACGCUCUGCCGCGUCAUCUGUCACUGAGUACGGUCGAAGUCUGAAGAGCUGUGUACAGGAAGGGGGGUGUUCUUGCGAAUAAGCAUGGGAGUUUUGUUUCUUUUUUUGUGCUCGCUUUUUUGUUUUUGUUUUCCAAACCGAU